AUGGGAGGCAUGUUCAACGUUCCUCACGAUGAUUUUCAACCGCCACAACUUGUACGAUACACGACUGGGCAGCAUUUUGAUGUCCAUGCCGAUUGGUUCGACGUUCCACAAGAACGGCGCUUAGAUUCCACAGGCAAUGGUUCAACAUGGAACAGACAGGCAAGUUUCUUUGCUAUACUACAAGACGAUUGCACCGGAGGGGAAACGUGGUUCCCUCACUUGAAGCCUCCCGGACUGGUUAAUUCCCCAUCUGCUGCCAUAUCUCAGAGCCGCAUCUGGAGAGAGCACGAAGAUGGAGGCUUGGCAUUCAGAUCAGUCAGAGGUGGUGCACUUUUCUGGGUCAACCUCUUUGCAAAUGGCACAGGUGAUGACCGCACGCGACAUGCUGGACUCCCUGUCCUAUCAGGCAUGAAAACAGGCAUGAACCUUUGGCCCAGAGUAUAUUACUCAUAG